AGCAGUAAACAGAUUCAUGUGGCUCAUGAUUUUUCCCAUUGGGACCGUCUUUUUACUUUGCCCGUCCAUCACUGCAUGUGCUGUGGAAGAAGACUGAAGAGUGGAGCACAGAUUUUAUUCUAAAGCCGCCCCCACGUUUUCCUCUUCAUCAAUUUCAGAGCAUGCUUCUAUUCUGUUGCCAUAUUCCCUGGAAUAAGCUCUUCUCUGAGCUUUAAGUCUUGCAGAGUUCCUCUGCUCUGUGCACCAAUUGUUUUUGAAAUCCUUUCUUUUUUUGCUGUGUGUGGAUUCUUAUUUGCGAUCUGAGGAUGCUUAUGCUUCUCGAGUGGGCCAUCUGAGGCGAAAACUAAGGCGUAAUGCUGGAAGCUGGAUUUUUGGUUUGUAUCCUGAACUGGGUUGAUGUUCUUGCUAUUAUGGGGAGUUUUAUAAUUAUUUGAGGAUCUUCAGGUACUGGAGGAUUCCAAGGGUUUUCCUUUUUCCCGAAGGGUUUUGAUGUUGACUUUGUCCGAUAUCUUUGGAAUUGAGUCUUUCAACGUUGAUUCAUGGAGGAAUUGAUGCUUUUGUAGUGAAAGGGUUUGUGUGAAUUUGAAUUGGGAAUUGAUACUUGAAUUUGCAUGUUUUGCGGACUCUGUAUUUCUGAGAAUUGGACUAUUGGAGAUUUGAGUGUGUGAUUUUGGAAAGUAGUUAUGGAAGUGUUUUGGCAAUUAGUUUCUGAGUGAAGAUUUGUAUAGCGGUAAUGGCAUCGGCUUCUCCUUCUCCCAAUUCUUCUCCCUCUGCAGUGCCACCAACUUCUGCGAAUAAUACAGCACCACCACCUUCUUCACCUUCAUCGACAAAUUCUUCUAAGACCCCUCCUCCUUCAUCUCCUAACCCUUCAGCUACGCCUCCUGCUCAGGCAGUGCCUUCAACCCCGCCUCCCUCUCCGUCUCUGUCUCCUCCGCCGCCAUCACCGCCGGCAUCUCCUCCACCUUCUCCUGCCAGAGCUCCUCCUCCAAUUGCAACCUCACCUACCCCUCCUAGUUUAUCCCCACCACCUCCAUUGGCUGCUCCACCACCAGAUUCUUCACCUCCUCCUGCAGAAAAUCCACCCCCCUCACCUAUUUCUCCAAUUCUUCCUCCUCCAGCUCAUAACUCAACGCCGCCACCGUCUGGUAAUCCUUCUUCAUCAGGAGGAAAGCCACCGAAAAGUCCUGCUUCAAGCCCUUCACUUGCACCACCUCCAUCACUUUCUAAGUCUCCUCCCUCCACAAAUGCUACCCCUCCUUCCAAAACACCUUCAACUCCUUCAGUCCCUCCUCCAAAGUCUUCACAUGCAUCUCAAUCUUCCUUUCCAACGGCGUCGCCUACUGGUAAAUCAUCCAAUCAUAGAAAUACAUCGGCAAACAACGCACCUCCACAGCCAGGAGGUUCAAAUACUGGACUAUUCACAGUUAUUGGCAUUAUAUUUGGCUUUGUUGUCCUCAGCCUUCUUGUUAUGGCGAUUUGGUUUGUAUGGAGGCGGAAGAGGAAGGAAGCAAGAUGGAAAGUUGGUUACAAUAUGCCUUCCCCUUAUGCCUCAUCUCAUAACUCAGGCACAACGUUCUUAAGGCAACAGUCUUCCCUUUCUCCUAAGGAUUGUGGUAGUGAUUUCGUGUAUUCACCCUCAGAACCAGGUGGACUAAGUGGUUCAAGAUCUUGGUUUGCGUAUGACGAACUUGUCCAAGCAACAGAUGGGUUUUCGGCACAAAACCUGUUGGGUGAAGGUGGAUUUGGUUGUGUCUACAAAGGCUUUCUCAUGGAUGGAAGAGCAGUGGCUGUGAAACAGCUCAAAGAUGGAGGCGGGCAAGGGGAGCGUGAGUUUAGAGCAGAAGUUGAAACUAUUAGCCGAGUACAUCAUCGCCACCUUGUUUCCUUGGUGGGCUACUGUAUAUCUGAGCAUCAGAGAUUGCUUGUCUAUGACUACGUUCCCAACAAUACCCUUCAUUACCAUCUCCAUGGUCAAAACGGGCCAGUUAUGGAUUGGGCUACAAGAGUGAAGGUUGCAGCUGGUGCAGCUCGUGGAAUAGCUUACCUACAUGAAGACUGCCAUCCCCGCAUUAUUCACCGAGACAUAAAGUCAUCAAACAUCCUUCUUGAUAACAAAUUUGAAGCUCAAGUUUCCGACUUUGGGCUUGCAAAAUUAGCAAUGGAUUCAUAUACACAUGUAACCACACGAGUCAUGGGGACCUUUGGGUACAUGGCACCUGAAUAUGCAACAAGUGGUAAACUGACUGAAAAGUCAGACGUUUAUUCUUUUGGGGUUGUGCUUUUGGAGCUGAUUACAGGUCGGAAGCCUGUGGAUACCUCUCAGCCCACCGGUGAUGAGAGCCUGAUUGAAUGGGCUCGACCACUAUUGAAUCAAGUGCUUGAAAAUGAAGACUAUGAUAUACUGGUAGAUCCACGACUCGAGAAGAACUAUAAUAGAAAUGAAAUGUUUCGGAUGAUAGAGGCUGCGGCUGCCUGUGUGCGUCAUUCUGCCGCAAAAAGACCACGAAUGAGUCAGGUCGCAAGAGCUUUGGAUUCAAUAGAUGAGUUUUCCGAUCUCUGCAACGGAAUAAAACCUGGCCAGAGUACAACCUUUAAUCCUUCACCACCAUCCGCUCAAGUCAGAAUGUUUCAAAAGAUGAUUUUCGGUGGGGCCAGUCAAGAUUUCAGUUCCAGUUUCUUUAACGAUUCUCAGAGUAGCUGGAGAAGCAGAGAACAGGAGGACUCAAAACACCAUGAUCUCCCAAAAUAAAGUGAUAUUAAUUCUUUUACAAUAAUGAUCUGGUAAAUUAUAUAUAGAUUUUUUAUUGUGAGGGAAAUUAAUAUAUCUACUUACAAAAUGCCCAUUCCCACCUAUGCCUCGCCAUGUUUGGAGAAAUUCUGAUGCACACAGGUGACAUGCCUCUAACUUUUUUCUGGAGAAGCUUCAGCGUUUGUUCUUAACAGUGUUGGAGCUCUCACUUCAAUUCGUGCAAGACCAAGUGCUGGGGCGUUUUUUUAAUGUAAAUAGGAUCUCUAGGCUGAUUUUUUGUUUUCCUCUUCAUACAUGGUUUUCCUUACUGUAAAGUUCUUAUUCUGUAUAACCUUUUAAGUUUUUUCCACAUAACACAGAUGUAGUGAAAAUGUAAUGCCUUUUGUUUUGCUUUAUAAUGUGAAAAUGAGGCACCAGACAUUGACGUUAUACUGCUCUCAAUAUUUCUUUCAUGCCCAUCCAG